CUCCCACCUGGGUGGCCCUUUGCCGUGCUGUUCCGCUGCCUGGCUCCUUCUUCCAUCUUUCUGAGUAGGAUGCCAACCUCUGAAAAAGAAUGGAUUGGUUUCACUGCAACCAGUGUUUCCGAAAAGAUGGAGACCAUUUCUUUGUCACCAGCUGUGGCCAUAUUUUCUGUAAAAAGUGUGUGACUCUAGAAAAAUGUGCUGUUUGUGGAACUGCAUGCAAACAUCUGGCUCUUUCUGAUAAUCUGAAACCUCAGGAGAAGAAAUACUUCAAAAGUCCUGUGGAGACAGCUCUGCAAUAUUUUAGUCACAUCUCUCAGGUAUGGUGUUUUCAGAAGAAACAAACAGAUCUUCUCAUCAACUUUUAUAAGCAUAGAAUCACAAAAUUAGAAGCAGCUCUGCAGGAGGCACAGCAAACAGUGACCAGACAGGACAAAGAACUGUCGGCCUUAAGGAAGGAGAAUGAAGAACUGAAGAAAUUUCUAGCCUUCUUAAAGGAAUCUCCAAGUCAUUACCAAGGAAGCAGAUUAACCACACCUCGACCAGUGGGCAUCACUUCCCCAUCACAAUCAGUUACUCCACGACCCAGCUCUCAGCACAGCAGCCUAGUGGUCAGUCGCUCCUCCUCAGUGGAGUCUAUCCCUGUUAGAGUAGCUGGCUUUGGUAGCUUGGGACAAGGAUCCAGAGGCCUACAGGGAAGGAACACUCCCAGAGAUUCUUUUACUGAAACUCCUUCACCAGCAUCUUCUUACAACCUAUCUUACAGACCAUCUGCCUCCUCGGGACAGGGGUUUUUUCCUUUCAGACCAUCUCUAAAUGGUGGGGAUUCAGACCAUACAAGAGUCCUCACUCCUAACAUUUCAGGUCAAAGGGAAGGCAGAACCACUCUAGAGAGUCUUCCUGGUUUCCAGCUACCAGUAACACAGACUCUCUACCAACAGAGGCAGAUGGGACUAGCCAGGGGGAGAGGAUGGACCACUCCCAGAUAGACCAUCUUCAUACACACUGCUGAAAGAUGGACUGUAGCAUCCAGUACUCACAGAAACCAUGGUCAUGGAAAAGGUACCCCUGCCUUGUUUCCUGGUUUCACUCAGUACCUUAUCUUUUUUCCAAAUAGGUACUCUGUAUUACCUCUUAGGAAAGAAGCAGGUUUUAUAUAAGGCUAAUGCUACAGGAUGUGCCUAUCUAUUCCACAAGAUAUAUGGAAUAGAUUCCUACAAUUUGAAAGUCAAAACGUUUUGACAUCAUUGGGGGGUCAACAUACCCAUUAACUGUGUUUUAUUUUUGGGUAUCAAUUUUUAACCAUGGAUAUAUUUUUGCUAUCCAGUGUUACUAAGCAACAACUGUUUCUUGUUCUAAUUUAUAAUACUUUUUCUGCUUGGCUAUUGUUUCCUGUGCCUACUUAUUAUGAAAUGUUCAUCUUCCUGUCUAAACAGCUGGGAAUAGACUUUCAUGUUACAGAUGUACAAUAGAGGAUGCCCUUUCACCGCCACUACAACACUGUUGGCAUUAGAAACUUGAGAUGGGUGGAAUGGGCAAACACUACUUAGAUCAAGUGUCUCUUCUUUAGGUAUAUAGGGGUAGCCAUGAGGAAUUAAAUGGGUGACCCACUGGCAGACAGGGCCAUAAUCAAAAAUACUGGGAAAAUGCAGACACAUCUGACUAGAAGUAAAUUGGGAAUGACCUUGUAGCUGAACUGGAGAAUCCCACUAUCCUUCCUGGUAGUCUAAAUUCCUUUUAAAAGGCAUUUCUAGACACCUUUUCUUUCCUGGAAAGAGCCUGGGCUGUAGCAGGGGCAGUUACAUCUGAAACUGCUGACUCAAUCGUCACUCCUUAUUGAUAAAGCCUCAGAAGUUUUAAUUACUCCCGUCUGAUCGCUGGGAAACAGCCUGUUGAUAUUUACCUACUGCCUU